AAACCUUAUUAUGCCAUCCACUAUUCAGUUUGAACUUUGACUUUAAAAUAAGACAACGCUUGAUGAUAAGAAUUAGAUGACUGAAAGUGUAGCUUAAAGGUUUUUUUACGUUUUAUUUAAUUAUUAAGACCAUGAGGUAUUUAAUUUUUGUGAUAUUAUUAAGUGCCUUAAAGUGCGUUUAUUGUGAAUCUCCUCCAAAUGAAUUAAGUCCAGAAAAUGCAACGGAAGAGGAAAAAAAACUGAGUGAAUACAUCUUGGUCAUUCUUGAACAUUACAAACAACAAGAUCCCGUAGGAUUACCGGGGGCACCGAUUCCGGAACCCUUGAUCAUUCCUCAGAUGAAUACUUCCAUUUCAGUCGGAGUAGGCCGUAUGAGUUUUAAAAACAUACAGUUGUUUGGCUUAAAGAAAUUCAGGAUUGAUCACGUAACUGUGAAUGUGGCUGCCAUGAGAGUUGAAGCCGCCCUAAUUAUUGAUCAGAUUGAUGUUAUUGGAAAUUAUACGUUAAGUUCAUGGUUCAGCUCUUCUCACGGACCUUUCACUGUAGUCCUAAAGAACGUUUUUGUUCAAGCUAAUGCGGCUUUAGAGGUACAGAAAAAUGGUUCCUUAGAAGCUCAAGCUAUCACUAUGGAUCUUACAUUUAAAGACAUGAAUAUGGAUUUUAAAGGACUCGGAUUUGUAGCUUCAAUGGCUCAGAAUAUGAUCAGCUCGGUGGGACCAUUUUUCUUUGACUCAAUCAAACCUUAUAUUCUUAGUCAGGCUAAUGUUAAUAUAAGAAACGAUAUUAAUAAGCAAGUAUCGAAAUUUCCUCAACAGUUCCCCAAUUCUAUUUCACCAUUUGACCAAUUAGUAGCGGAAAUUCGAAGAAAAGUUCAAUUUAUGGGAUAUGAUCCAUAUAAAAUUAAUGAUUAUAAUAAUAGCGUUGGGGUGUUUGAUGUCUAUCUUACACAUACUUGGUUGUAUGGAGGAUCUAGCUUUCAUAGAACGAAAGAUAUUUUAUUUAAAAUGAAGAACAACACGGUUCAUAUUUUAGUCGAAGUAGGAACUCAAAAGCUGCUUGGAACUACCCAUUGGGAAGUCUCUUUGAUAUCUGGUCUUUUGUCCAGAAUUGGAACAGCUUCAUUUAGUGUAGAGUAUAUAAAGGUCCAAGUUAAUGCUAGUCAAAGCAUGGAUACUAGAAAACGUCCAUCUUUAGAUGACAUACAACUGGAACUAGGAAAUAUCCAAGUGCGUUUUGACGGUUUAGGUACUUUGGAUUAUGCCAUAGAGUUUGCAGUCAACGUAGUGCCAAAUUUGCUACGGUAUCAGAUCAUGGAUGCUAUUGAAAAACCCAUAAAAUUAAAGAUUCAAGAAGAGUUAGAUAAAGUUGACGUUGAAAUGCUUAUUAAAGAAAAUGCGUCUAAGCUGGACACUAGCGAGGGGCUGGAAGAAUUAAAUAAUUUAUUUUAACUGUUUGUAUGUAAAUAUUUAACCAUACCAUGAGUAUGCACGUGUCCUGCAUUUUUGUUAAUAAUAAUAAAGAGGUUAAAUCAGAAA